AAAUGUAUUGACAACAUUACUUGAUCCACUCUGUAAAGUUACCCACCGGCGAGGAACAAGGUUGGUCAGGGUCCUUUUCCUCGGUAUGAAGGUUGAAUUUGAAGCUUGGUUGGGUCACCAUAUUUAAUUCUGGUCACCAAGCUGAGAUAGUCCACAGAGAGAGAGAGAGAGAGAGAGAGAGAGAGGUACUUAUCCUAAACGUGUUGUUAUGUAUGUGCUGUUUUUGAGUGAUUUAUAAGCGGAUACCGUGUGUGAAUGUAGCCAUCUUUCACCAUGAAUGAAAUGGUGGAACUAGGAAAGAGUUUAGCAGAGGUCAGAGAAACUUUCAGGGGUGGCAGAACCAGAGGGGUUGCAUGGAGGAAGACCCAACUCAGAGCUAUCAUCAAAUUUCUCACCGACAAUGAAGAUCAGAUUUUCAAGGCACUUGAACAAGAUCUUGGGAAGCACCCUGUGGAAGCCUACCGUGAUGAGGUUGGUGUAGUGAAGAAAUCGGCCAACCUUGCUUUGAACUGUGUAGAGAAAUGGAUGGCCCCCAAAAAGGGGCAUAUACCAUUACUUUUCUUCCCAUCUAAAGGAGAAGUGUUGCCAGAACCAUUCGGCGUGGUACUCAUAUUUGCAUCUUGGAACUUCCCAAUCUCACUGUCAUUGGACCCAUUGAUUGGAGCAAUAUCAGCUGGAAACACAGUGGUCCUAAAACCUUCCGAGCUAGCCCCAGCAUGCUCUUCUUUUCUUGCUAGUGCGCUCCCAUCUUACUUGGACCCCAAAGCCAUUAAAGUAAUUGAAGGUGGUACGGACAUAGCCGAACAACUACUGCAGGAAAAAUGGGACAAGAUAUUCUUUACGGGGAGUCCACAAGUGGGGCGCAUCGUCAUGUCUGCAGCUGCCAGGCAUUUAACACCCGUUACUUUAGAGCUUGGGGGAAAGUGCCCCACCAUUCUCGACUCUCUUUCUGGCUCCUCAGAUAUGGAGGUGGCUGUCAAAAGAAUAGCUGGUGCAAAGUGGGGGGCAUGUAGUGGACAAGCAUGCAUAGCAACUGAUUAUGUUCUUGUGGAAAGGAAAAAUGCUUAUAUUCUGGUUGAUCUAUUGAAGAAAAUUAUCCAAAGAUUUUAUGGUGAAAACUUGAAAAACUUGAAGAACCUAAGUAAAAUUGUCAGCAAGCAUCACUUUGAUAGGGUGCGGAAACUUCUUGAAGAUCCCAUUGUUGCAGCUUCCAUUGUUCAUGGGGGUUCAGUAGAUGAAGAGAAUUUGACCAUUGAGCCAACAAUCUUGUUGGAUCCUCCACUUGAUGCUGAGAUCAUGACUGAAGAGAUAUUUGGCCCAUUGCUUCCAAUCAUUAGUUUGGAUAACAUUCAAGAAAGCAUUGAGGUUAUCAACUCGAGACCAAAACCUUUGGCCAUUUAUGCGUUCACCAAAAAUGAAGCAUUCAAGAAACAGAUCUUAACACAAACGUCAUCAGGAAGCGUGACUUUCAACGACGUGAUGGUUCAUUUUGUAUGUGACACAUUACCAUUUGGAGGUGUCGGUCAGAGUGGUUUUGGAAGGUACCAUGGCAAGUACUCUUUUGAUGCUUUCAGUAAUGAAAAGGCAAUUCUACAAAGGAGCUUCUUAAUUGAACUGGAGGCCAGGUAUCCACCUUGGAAUGAUUUUAAGAUGCAAUUCCUGAGAUUGGCUUAUAGCUUUAAUUACAUUGGGCUGGUGCUACUCUACUUGGGGUUGAAGAGAACAUCUAGAUAAAGCCGGAACUGUCCAUAUCCGGUUCUUCCUUCGAAACCAUAACCUUAUAUAGUAUGAAGCACUAUGCGCCUAUCUUCAGGGUUCAAAAUAAAGGGUAAUCCAGAAUACUAUGUGGCAUGACGCAGUUAACAAUGCUCCUUGGAAAAUCUAAACAAUAAUGGUUUAUUGCUAUUAUUUCCUGUUCUCUGUUGUGCGUAUUAAGACAAACACUGAGGUAUUGAGCUAUAAAGGUUCGUGUUCAUGUUUGAUCGUGUUACACUGGUUGUCAGUUUUCUAACACAGUCCUUCUUUUAUCUAGACUUUAGACUGGCUGUGCACAAAAGUAUACAUGCGGAGUUUAUUGAGCUUUAAAAGUCAUGGACCCGGUCUUUCAGGCUGUGGAAUUGUGGAGCCCAACCCCACCUGCGCACUUUGACGCUGAGAGGCUGUUUGGUAAAAGGGUAUAGGGCCUUGGUAAGGUGAGGUUGGAGAAAAUUGUUCAAAGAAUUCUCAAAUUUUAUGUUUAGAUUGAAAAUUCAAUCUUAGGUUCUGAACCUGGUUCGUAGUUGACUUGAAUAUUAAACUCAUGAUCAUGAGUUUUGU